GGACUCACUAAAAGUGUGAAGUAGCUUUAACACGCAACCACCCACCCCCACCUAACGCCAUCAUCACCACCUCCAUCUCCAUUACUCUACCGCAAACCAAAAUUGCCACAUGUCGUCUUCCAACAGCAGUAGCAUUACUCCUCCACCAUCGCUAGACCAGCUAUCCGACGCGCAACGGCAGGCGCUGGAACAAGUCACCUCGAUAACAGCCCAAGAGCCGACACAAGCUAUCCCCUUACUACACCUCUCGCAAUGGAACGCCCAGAUCGCAAUAUCCCGGUUUUUCGACGGUGAGACCGCCGACUCUGUUGCGGAAGCUCUUCAAGCCGAAGAGUACGCUCGCGCACAAGCCGCACCUCCGCCGCCGCCGCUACAAACACCCACCGCCGUCCCCCGACGCAUCAACACGGCAGUCCUUUCUCCUGCACCUCGGAUAGUCCCACAACGCGAUGCGGCCGCGCGACGGCCACCGUUCCUGAUUUCAAUACUCCUCUUCCCUUUCUCGCUGGUGUGGCGGAUCGCAAAUGGAACGAUUGGCCUUAUCUACCUCAUUUUUCCGUUCCUACCGCGUUUCCGCGCGCUCCAACAGACACCGACGCCUACAACGAAGCGUUCGCUAAACCCGCGAGACACGGCGGCGCGCUUCAUUCGCUCGUUCGAAGAGGAAUAUGGUUCCACAUCUGGCCUUACCUGGUUCGAUGGCGGCUACGCGCAGGCACUGGAUCUCGCUAAGAAGGAGCUCCGAUUCCUGCUGGUAGUACUGCAAAGCGACGAACACGACGACACGUCCGCAUUCAAUCGGCACACAUUGACGUCCCCCGAAGUGGUUUCGUUCGUCAAGACGCACAACAUCAUCCUCUGGGGCGGAUCCGUGCAGGAGAGCGAGGGCUUCCAAGUAGCCACCGCACUGGGCUGCACUAAGUUCCCCUUCGUCGCGCUGAUCACACACGCACCCAACACUCCGCCCAGCGCCAGCUCGCAGGGCAUGAGCGUGGUUUCGCGCGUUGCCGGCGUCGUCACCCCCGCCGCCUUCACCCAGAAGCUCCUAAACGCCCUCAACACCCACUCCCCCGCGCUCGAACGCAUCCGCGCUCAACGUGCCGUACAGGCUGCGGAUCGCCAGAUCCGCGAUAUGCAGAACAGCGCGUACGAAGCUUCGCUAGCGCGUGAUCGGCAGCGGGCACGUGAGCGCAGGGAAGCGGAGGAGGCGGCUCGUCGUGCACAAGAGCAAGAGGAGCGUCGGGUUGUCGCGGCCACUACGCUUGCCAGGAAUCAAGAGCAAUGGCGAAAGUGGCGCGCCUCGAAUAUGCCGCCGGAGCCCAAGGAGGGUGCUGUUGCUAGAGUAUCCAUCCGCACCACGGACGGAGAGCGUGUGGUGCGCCGUUUCGAGAAGACCACGACUAUGGAGGAGAUCUAUGCAUUUGUUGAUUGCUUGGGCGUGGAGUGUGAAGGAGGGGAGGCGAAGCCUGUCGACUACGAGCAUGAGUACUCUUUCCGCCUUGUCAGCCCCAUGCCUCGGAAGGUGUUCCUGCCCGACGGGACGACGGUGGGGCAAGAGCUUUGGCCGAAUGGGAACCUGGUGGUCGAGAGCCUGGUGGAUGAUGAUGAGGACGACGAGGAGUGAUUCCGAGUGCUUUAGUUUUCAACUUUUCAUUCUCGGUUUCAUUGCGGUCUUUUCCUUCCCGUAGAAGUGGAGCGGGCGCGGUUGUGUCCUGCUUUUCUAGCGGGCCAUGUUUUGGGUUGGGCUCCCUCUUGCACAAUAAUUUCAUUUGAAUUUAGUAUAAUGCCUUGCGCCGUAGUAGAUGAACGGAAUUAUGUAUCAUUAGAGCUCAUCCAAUGCGUGACG